AGGUGAACAGAUUCCGUUAUAAACAGCGUUACCGCCUCUACUAGGGACGUUCCCUCACCAACCCCUGAACUUUGCAUUUGAAGGCAACAGUGAUUUGUACGAAGCUAAUAGGCGGAGAUUCCAAGCGUGAAGGGCUUCAUAUUUGCUUCGUAAAAAUCCCCAUUUUCCCUCUCCUUCCCUAUUUUCUCUACCGAACCGAAAGGUUCGAGCUUCACCGACUUCAUUUCCCGUCCUAGCUUGAAUUCUGGGCUAUCCGAGACACUGAGAUGGCAGCAGCUUCAGCAGCAACCUUCACAAUUGGAUCAGCCACCUCCCUCAGCCAAAGAGGGAGCUCACUUCCCCAAUCAAAACCCUUUGAUUUGAGGUUCAAGUCUCAGAAUUCUCUGAAGAGCUUCUGUGGUCUCAAGGCAGCAUCCCACAUUAGCUGUGAAGCAGAAACAUCCUUCUUGGGCAAGGAAACUCUUGCUGCUUUUAGGGCUUCUUUUGCACCCAAAGCUCAAAAGACAAACCAAAACCCCCAGUACCACUUGCAGCCCCAAGCUUCCUACAAAGUGGCAGUUCUUGGCGCUGCUGGAGGAAUUGGUCAACCUUUAGCUCUUCUUAUCAAGAUGUCCCCAUUAGUUUCCGACCUUCAUCUUUAUGAUAUUGCCAAUGUCAAGGGAGUUGCUGCUGAUCUCAGUCAUUGCAAUACUCCCUCUCAAGUUAAGGAUUUCACUGGACCUCCUGAGUUAGCAAACGCUUUGAAAGGUGUAGAUGUAGUUGUCAUCCCUGCUGGAGUUCCAAGAAAACCCGGCAUGACUCGUGAUGACCUUUUCAACAUCAAUGCUGGCAUCGUUAGGGACUUAGUUUCAGCUGUUGCAGAUAACUGCCCUGAUGCUUUUAUUCAUGUUAUCAGCAACCCAGUAAAUUCUACGGUGCCUAUUGCAGCUGAAGUUCUGAAACAGAAGGGCGUAUAUGAUCCUAAGAAGCUCUUCGGUGUUACUACCUUGGAUGUUGUGAGGGCAAACACAUUUGUCGCACAGAAGAAGAACCUGAAAUUGAUUGAUGUUGAUGUCCCAGUUGUGGGAGGUCAUGCCGGGAUCACCAUCCUUCCUCUGUUGUCAAAGACAAAACCUACAGUAAGUUUUACUGAUGAAGAAAUCGAACAGUUAACUGUCAGGAUUCAGAAUGCUGGAACAGAAGUUGUUGAAGCAAAGGCAGGUGCAGGGUCUGCCACUUUGUCAAUGGCAUACGCGGCAGCUAGAUUUGUGGAAUCAUCUCUCCGUGCGCUCGACGGAGAUGGGGAUGUGUAUGAGUGCUCAUAUGUACAGUCAGAACUGACUGAGCUUCCAUUCUUUGCCUCAAGGGUAAAGCUGGGAAGAAAAGGGUUGGAAGCUUUCGUAACAUCUGACCUCCAAGGGUUGACUGAGUAUGAGCAGAAGGCAGUGGAAGCACUAAAACCAGAACUUAAGGCUAGCAUUGAGAAGGGAAUCGAUUUUGCUUCAAAACAAUCAGUUGCUGCCUAAGCGUCCUUUGAAGAAUAAGCACUUCUUACAUAGAUUUGUUGUAGCAUCAUCAUUCUGCUUCCAGUUUUGUAGAACGGGAGUUUCCAUUUCUGUUGUCUUUUGUUGAGCUUUGAGUUGGGUGAGAUAUCUCAGUAUAUCACUAACGUUAUCAUGUAGAAACGUUGUGAUGGUCGUUCUUGUCAGAUUUUGAAAAAUAAUGCCUAUCUACCAAUUUGGCAGGAUCACUGCUAGUGGUGAGUCAUACAAACCAGCAAAUUAAGGAUAAAUUAUUUUACUUCAUUGCACACUGGUGGCAGCUGUAUCAUCAGGCAUGAUUAUCCCAUUUCUCGAUCAAAUUUGUC